ACUCCUUGAUAAUAUAUAAGUAGGAGAGGCACGUUUAAAAACCAUUCCAGACAUAAUGUGAAUUUGAACAAUCUCUUAUUAGCAGAUAUAUUGAAAGGUUCUUUUAGGGCAAUGGAAUAUCAAAUUUACUUAAUAAAUUUGUCAGUUGUGUUUAGUGUCAUCUGCCCAAGCUGGGCAGGGCUACCACCAAUAAUGAGAUCUGAUAUGAUGUACAACAUCGUAGGUGGCUCGGAAGUUACUGCAAAUUCACUUCCACACCAAGCUGCUCUUUUUAUUGACGAAACAUAUUUUUGUGGAGGCUCUAUUAUAUCAACUAGAUAUAUAUUGACAGCUGCCCAUUGCGUAUAUAAUUCUAAAACGGUUGAAAUAAUUCUAGGAGCACACAAAUGGAAAACCAACGAAAAGACUCAGAAAAUUUUCUACUCAACCACCAUGAUAAUCCACGAAAAAUAUAACGGUAACUACUUGGAGGGCAACGACAUAGCUCUAGUCAAAACGCCAUCUUUUAUAACGUUUACCUGGGCUAUCCAAUCAAUCUCCCUAUGCGACAGUGGAUCGGGAGAUUAUUCUGGUACUACAGCUAUAGUAGCCGGAUGGGGAUACACGUCAUCCAACAACAUACUUUCCUCCGUCCUCCGCAAGGCUUACGUCACAAUGGACAAGGUGUCUUUUUGUCAGCAGUAUUUUGAAAAUGUAACAGAUUCGGACCUUUGCAGCAGAGGCAACGACACAUUGACAGGCGCUGUGGGGGCCUGUUAUGGGGAUUCGGGUGGUCCACUCACAAGGAACAAUAUACAAAUCGGCAUAGUGUCAUAUGGGGCAAAACAGUGCGAAGCGGGGUAUCCUACAGUGUACACUAGUGUAACUUAUCACAGAGAUUGGAUAAGAAAAUACUCGGGAGUUUGAAUAAAAGAUUAUAGUGAUUCGGUAAUAAAAGAUUGGUCAUGGGA